AUGGGCUUUCGCUUUCACCACAGUGCUGCCGGCUGUGUGUCGGCCUUGGCCGGCCAGUGGUCAGAAUCCGAACGAGCCUUCAAGUCGGAUCAAGCCGUACUAGGGCAUGAUGUGACUACGGUGUAUCCCAGCUCAAUGGUCUUGCAGCUGGCCGGUGGAAAAGAUGGAAACACCAUCCGGAGCCUCGCGGAGACAACUGGAGUGCACUGCCUGAAGUUGAACGCCGGCACCCUGACUGGCUACUUGAAGAAAAAGAUGCCAAGAGAGAACCAAAGGCGGCUUGUGCCAAUGAGGUGCAACUCUCCCAGCAAGCAGCACAAGCUCAACAGACUGUGCAGCAAUUCAGGAAGUGAGAAGUUUCCCUGUGGCGAUUCGAAAGACCUGAAAGUUUCGACGCGCUCGAAAUGA